AGGCGGAGACUACAGCUGAUGGUUUACAUAUAUAUAUAUGGCCUCAGUGACAGUCACAUCACAUCUUGCCUGUGGUAUUAGAAUCGUGUGUUGUUACAUCAAGCGACAAACCGAACAGAACGCUUCUCAAGAUGUGCCUCUUGUUCAUUUUAAUAACCUGUUUUGUUAUCACCGCCGGUGCUGUGAGUGACAAUGGGAUAGUAAAGGUGAACAGGGGGGCAAACGUUUCCCUCUUCGUCCGAGCAUCUGAGCCGAAGAUGGUGAGUCUACGAAAGGUACAAAAAAACGGGACCCAAGAGGUCUUUCGCUACUGUUCCAGCGAUGAGCAAAAUCAUGGCUGCAAACCAAUCAACUCGGGAAGAUUUUCUCUCCAGAUUGGUAAUGAGAACUUCUCCGUAACUUUUCUUGCUGCCAACACCAGCGACGAAGGAGUUUACAGUGUCGAAGUGAUCGAUGACAAAAACAAAAGGAUCCAGCAGAAGUUUACCGUUGCAUUGACCGAGCAACUGCCCAGUACCAUUAACCCUGAACCUCCAUCCACCCAUCCACUUUCCACACCUGCUAUAUCCACCAAAGGCAAAGAGACACUUGGGACAAAUGGCCCAACUACCACAGUCAGCACAGAACAAAAUUGCAAAAUAACAUGGGGCAUCAUAGAGGGCCUCUCAGGAGUCAUUACAGUGGCCAUUGUUGUCACUCUUAUCAUCUGCUAUAGAAAGAGGAAGAAAAAUAAUCAUAUUGCUGAUGAUGAUGACACAGAGGAUCCGGGGGAAGGCACUCAUCUCAACUCAAUGGAGCAGGUGAACCAGCCACAGAUGAAUCCUUAGAGAUUGUGGUUGACACAAACUUAUCAGUGGACAAUGAAGAAGGACCUGAACUUGGAGCUUGAUAGGAUGAUGAUGAAAAUGUAAGUACAAGACAUUGUGUGGACUCACAAGACAACAAGGGCUGAGCCUGCCAUUGUAGCAUCUCAUGCAAGUCACCAUCAUAUAGAAGAAGCAGCUCUUCUCUGAGAUGAGCUGAACCUCAGAUGUUCAACCAGAAAGACAAUGAUGGCGAUUCCCAGCAGACCAGACAGAACCAGAUGAACCAGAGCCUCAGUAAUGCCGCAAUGAUCCUGAUAAUCUGAAAGAGAAGAGAGUUAUUCAUAAACAUCUUCUGUGCCAUAAAAUGUCUUUGUCUGUGUAAACACAGAAGCUGUGCGUGGAAGUGUAUUGUACUAAAUGAGUUCAUGUCGGCCUAUUUUCCCGUCGUGGGCAGAUCUCUUUCAUUUGCAGAAAGACACUCUUAUUGCUCACUGGGUUUGCAGCCGUGCAGCUGUAGGUCUCUGGAUCAUUAUAAUGAAGCUCUCUAAUGGUAAACUGAGGUUGAUGCUGAGAUCAGGAUUGCUGGUCUGGUUCAACAUUUCUCCUCCUUUAUACCACGAGAUGAACAUGCCUCGAUCAUUUUUCACAGAACACAACACAGAGCAGAACUCCUCUAUUGACUGUGGCUGCUUUA